UGCUUUAAAAACUGACAACAAAGAAUAAAUACUGACAAUUUCAAAUACAUAUGUAUAUUUUUUAAAAAAAUUAUAUAAAAUAUUUGAAAAAAAAAAUGCCCACUAAAAGAAAACAAAAGUCGCGUUAAACUCUUUACUAGAACUUAAGCCAACCGUAGAAAUUUUACCAAACACCAUUAACAAAACUUCAAAUCUUACAAUAAAGGAAGAAAAAUCUAUAGGAGAUGGCCAAGAAGAAUGGUUAGAUGAAGCAGAAGACUAUGAAGCAAUGGCAUAUGAAGAAUCGCAAGAUGAACUUAAAAAGGAACUAUCAAGAACCUCUUUGUUGAUACAAGAUUAUCUGGAAUUCAAGGCCGCUCGCUGCAUACAACGUUACAUACGCGGUUGGUUGUAUCGCAGGAAAUACAAACGUCUAUGUCUGGCCGCCAUUAUAAUACAACGUGAAUGGCGCAGAUUUUAUUGUCAGCGUUUGUAUUUCCGGAAAGUUGAAGAAACUUUGCAGCAACGUAUUGAACAACAUUAUUAUCGGGCUGCCCAAAAGAUUCAGGCCUUAUGGCGCGGUUGGUGGGUGCGUCAUUAUAUACACGAUCAUACACGUUUAAUGCGUUUACAAUUGAUGGCCGGAGAAGAUCUGCUCUAUUGUGUGGCCUUUAAGUUGCAUCAUUUGCUAAGGACUCAUCAGAUACCGGGCGUGUACUCAUUAAGGAAUAGCAGCGCCCUUUCCAAAGUGGAACAAUUAUUGGCCUCUUUAACUUUCAAAGCAUGCAAUCAACGUUCAAUACAAGCCAAAGAACAGCGACGCCAUGAAAUUGAGGUUGCUAGAAGGGAACAUAAAAAAUCUGCUUACGGAACGAAAGUACCCUUUUCAGGGCCCGAUAUACACAAUCUUUGUGCACCAAAAUGUGCACCACUCUACAAUGCCAAAGAUGCCGACAUGAGAAUGUCCAAAAUUUUGCAAAUGUAUGAAGAAGCAAAUCGGGAACUAACGAAACCCGAUAAAUUAAGGAAAAAAUCGGCCUUUUCCAAACAAUCGCAAGUGAUUGAAUCUCUUCCCAAAUCCCCAUCCUUUUGUGGUGAUGUUCUUAGCAGCAUGAGAAAAUGGAAGAUUAUAAGGGAAAAUAAUCUUAACGUCGAUCCGAAUGUGUUCAGAAAACCACAAAAUGUAGAAAAUUUCGUUAAAGAAAUCGAAUCGAAAAUGAGUCUUCUACAGGGUAAUUGUUAUUGUAGACGUGAAUUUCAAGACGAUUUAGAUAAAGCAAAGGCUAAGUUCAUAACACAAGAGGGACACAAUAUUAAAGAUUUAAGUCCUUCAACUUCUAUCCGCAAUAGUUCAAAAUUAAUAUAGACUGAUGGGUAAGGUUUAGAUCUCCUAAACAAGUUACUCCUGCUGUUUAUACUCCAAAAAAUUAUAAUUCUACACCAAGUUUCAAACAUAGUGAUCAUCAUAAGAGUCUUUCUUUUGCAGAUAUCGGUAGGAAUAGUGCAUCAGUUGGAUAUAUUCUCAAA